CGGCAUUUCCUCCCGGCGCGGAGCCGCGCCGCCCGCGGACCCUCCUCCGAGGGGAGCCGGUUUCCUGCCGCCGCCGCCGCCCGGCACUCGGCUCUGGCUCCCGGGGAGCGGCCGCAGGCGGACAUGGGCCCCCGCACCGCCCCGCUGCUGCCGCUGCUGCUGGCCCUGCUCGGCCGCCCGGGCCCCGGGAGAGCCGAGGGCUGCGACCUGCAGCCGGUGACGGCGGAGCCGCCCAUCACCCUGUCCUACACCACCAGCACCGUGCAGCGGGGCUGCGUCAGCAGCAGCUCCCAGGGCACCGGCCGUGACGUCCAUGUCCUCAGCGUCGAGUGGUCCCAGACCUCUGCCUUCCCGCUCAAGGUGUUUGUCACACCGCGAGCCAGUGGCUGCACCCAGUCACCAGUGCUCAUCCUCCUGUGCGGCCGCUGUUCAGCCAUCAUCACCUCCCCGUGCCCGGACCUGCUCAUCCACACCGAUGCCCUCCUUGGCCCGGAGAACACCACAUCACUGAGCCUCAAGCUACCCAUGGCCACUGACAAGGGGCAGCUGCUGGCCUGGGCUCAGGAUGCCUACAGGGGCAUCACGUCCUACAGCGAGGUGCGGGAUCCCCGCUGGAUCCAGCUCCGCCUGGGAGAAGACACCAGCAGCCCCCCGGAUUGCAUCCCCCAGGAGCACUUUGAUGCCAUGCCACACCUCGAGACUGAGGUCUUCUUCCACGCAGUGAAGGGCUGCUCACAUGGGGAUGCCCAGAGCACCAGGGCCGCCCACAUCGUCCACCUGCAGCCCAAGCCCAGCUCCCCCAUCACGGAGGUGAACCUGUCCCUGAGCUGUCCCAAGAGAGCCGUGAGCAACCAGAUCCUCAUCCUGCAGAGCCGGGCCAACCCCACCUGGUCUCUCUCCAUCAACAACUGCGACAUCCAGUUCCUGGUCUCCGGGAACUACACAAUCAUGCCCAUCUCCGUGGGGCUCCGUGGGGAGCUCCUGCCUGACACAGAGGAGGGCCUGGUCGCCAAAGCCUUCGAGAAGAACUACAGCGUCAUUGCCUCCUACUCCUCCAUCCCCGCCAGCAGCCGCAUCAGCCUGGAGAUCCAGGAGCAGGAGAUGGCCAGGAGGGUGCCUGUGACGACACCCACCGCCCCAUCCUCCACCAUCACCCAGCUGCCCCACAUGCUGCUGUUCAUGCUCCAUCCCUGGAAGUGCACGGAUGAAACCAUGGAGAUUGUCAUUGCCAGGUCCCACCUGGAGCCCAUCAAGGACGUGGUGAACAUCACCCUGCGGGACAUCAGCUGCCAGGCAGAGAAAAAUGCCACCCACUUCAUGCUGAAAACCCCGCUCAGCCACUGCGGCACGUCACUGGAGGGCAGGGGCCACGCCACCAAUGAGCUCAUCCUCAACCUGGCCAAGGGUGCAGAGCUCCAGAGCGUGCGGGUGGCCUUCCAGUGCAACAUCCCACGGGAGCUCUUCCUGCGCCUCUUCCCCACUGCCGCCUUCGAGGCACCGCAGACGGAGCUGGAGGUCAACAAAGAAGCCUUCGUGCAGGCGUCCAUGCGGUGGGAGGACCACCCAGCCGACCUGCAGCUGAAGGAGUGCUGGCUGGUGGUGCCGGGGCGGGAGCCGGUGCUGCUGGUGCAGGGCGGGGAGGCACGGAGCGUGGGGGUGGCCGUGCUGGAGGCCCCCCCCAGCAGCCACGGGAGGAAGGUCUGGCGCUUUCGCUUCACCUACGCCGUCCCCGAGGGCGGGCGCGUCCCCUUCUCUGCCAACCUCAAGUGCAAGGCCGGCUUGCAGAACAACACCAUCUUCGAGAAGGUCCUGGUGGUGACGUUGAAGGAUGGCUGGCAGCCACCCAACAAUCGUGGGCUGGGGCUGGCCGCCGUCCUGGGCAUCACCUUUGGUGCCUUCCUUAUCGGGGCUCUCCUCACCGCUGGGCUCUGGUACAUCUACUCGCACACCCGUCCCAUCUCCAAACUGCAGCCGGUUUCCAGCACGGCGCCGGCCUCGGAGAGCAGCAGCACCAACCACAGCAUCGGCAGCACCCAGAGCACCCCCUGCUCCACCAGCAGCAUGGCCUGACUCCCCCGGGCCCCCCCGAGCCUCUCCAGCCCCCGGCCGCCGGACUUGGGGAUCCACUCCGGCCCCAUUAAGCUGUUUUUUUGCCCAAUAUCUCAGGCUGAGCCCGGAGGGGGCCUCCGUUACUCAUUCAGUGAAUGCUUUGGCCCCCUGAGGGCAGCCCAUGAUGGAGGGGGGGUACCCUGCAACCCCCCGGGGGUCCCCCGCUGCUGGGUGCACGGGGGAAGCGGAGAGAGCAGCUAUUGCCAAAGCCCUCCCCAAGACUCCCCAUCAAAUGGGGGAGGGGGGCAGAAGUGGGUGCCCCCAGGACAUGCCCCAGCACUUGGGGUGACCCCCGCACCCCUCCCACGUCCCCCCCAGGAAGGCAGCAGGCACCACUGGGAGCAGCAAGAAGUUUAUUGGGGGGGUGGAGGGCUGCUGCCCCACCAUGGGGUGAUGGGCAGAAACCACACACCCCCCCCCAACCCUGCAGCUCCCUGUCCAAGUUACAAACUCCUUAUUAAUAAUAAUAAAAAUCUCCCCUACAUUAAA